AUGCAAGCCUUGGAUAUAUCGAGCAUCUCGAAUAAUUCGCGUCUAAUUCACGGUUCCAAAUACCCACUCAACAGCGAUACGGGUUUCUCUCACGGAGCUUACAAUAACAACCAUCCCAACGCAGUCCAAGGAUUCUCGGAUCGAAACGCCCGUCGUGCCAAUAUUCCCAAUAUAAAUACUGCCGCCGGUCAACACUCCGAUAUGGCGUCCGGCUUCGAUAUGAAUUAUACCCCCUUACUCCCCUCCCAGCUACUGGUAGGAAGUCCUUUUCAACCCGGAACCCCCUCGGCCUUUGCUUCGCCUCAGUUUCAAAAUUUCGGUGGCUUCCCGCAGGCCAAUGCAAAUGGACACGCCCAGAAUAACCAGAACCACAUUCACAGCCCAACGCAAGGAAUGCAGAGCCACGGAUUGUAUGGCAUGAUGUCACCCGAUGGAAUGGGUCACUCGCAGAUGAUGGGCGCACCCCAGUCGCCCAUCAAUGGUCUUGGGGGCAUGGGAAAUGCAGCUCUGGGAAGCCCUCAGGCUUCCGUGGCCCCGGGCAUGCUUUCAGGGACUAGCCGCACCGUGUACCUUGGAAACAUCCCGGCUGAAACGUCUGCCGAGGAGAUUCUGAACCAUGUCCGCAGCGGUCAGAUUGAGUCGGUGCGUCUGCUCCCUGAUAAGAACUGCGCCUUCAUCUCCUUUUUGGAUAGUAGCUCCGCCACUCAUUUCCACUCAGAUGCCAUCUUGAAGAAGUUGGCCAUCAAGGGAAAUGAUAUCAAGGUAGGCUGGGGCAAGCCCUCGCAGGUUCCUACCUCCGUCGCCCUGGCGGUCCAGCAGUCAGGCGCGUCCCGCAAUGUUUACCUUGGGAAUCUGCCUGAGGACACCUCCGAGGACGAUCUCCGGGAAGAAUUGAGCAAAUUUGGGCCCAUUGACACCGUGAAGAUCGUCAAGGAGAAGGCAAUUGGGUUCGUCCAUUUCCUGUCCAUCAGCAACGCGAUGAAGGCGGUCACCCAGCUUCCUCAGGAGCCGCAAUGGCAAGCGCCAAAGCGAGUCUUUUAUGGUAAGGACCGUUGUGCUUAUGUGUCCAAGACUCAACAACAAAAUGCGGCCCAAUUCCUUGGAAUCGCGCCUGGAUAUGCGCACGUGCUCAACACGGCUGAUCGUGAUUUGAUCUCCAAUGCGCUUGCACAGCAGUCAGUCGCUGCGGCCGCCGUGGCGACAACUGCCGGCGGUGUCAACAACCUUGGCAACCGCACCAUCUAUCUUGGAAACAUUCACCCUGAAACUACCAUUGAAGAGAUCUGUAAUGUUGUUCGUGGAGGCUUAUUGCACCACAUUCGAUACAUUCCCGACAAACACAUCUGCUUUGUUACAUUCAUCGAUCCUACCUCGGCUGCCUCUUUCUAUGCGUUGAGCAACUUGCAGGGUUUGAUGAUCCAUAACCGACGUCUCAAAAUUGGCUGGGGUAAGCACUCUGGCCCUCUGCCGCCCGCCAUUGCGUUGGCUGUCAGCGGUGGUGCGUCGCGUAAUGUCUACGUCGGCAACUUGGAUGAAGCCUGGACGGAGGAACGCCUCCGUCAGGACUUCUCUGAGUAUGGUGAGAUCGAGUUGGUGAACACUCUGCGCGAGAAGAGCUGCGCAUUCGUCAACUUCACCAACAUUGCCAAUGCUAUCAAGGCCAUCGAGGGAAUGCGUAAUCGGGAAGAUUAUCGCCGCUUCAAAAUCAACUUUGGCAAGGACCGCUGCGGAAACCCUCCUCGCCAGACUGGAAAUAACCAACAGAACGGCCAACAAAACCGCAAUGGAUCCGGAAUCGAAGGCCACCAGUCGCCAUCUCCCGUCCUGAACGGCUUCCCACCAAACCUCAGCCAGUCCGGCUCCCAAUCCAGCCCGACUCGACCUGCGCUUUCCCCGGCACCUGGAUCUACCGGCUCCCAGCAUGGACAGCAGCACCGCCACCCGCUGCAAACAGUGUCCUCCCCCUCCGGUGUGCUGAACGUCGGCUCCAACAACCCCCUGACCAUGUAUCUGAACCAGAUGUCGCACCAAAGCCAGGAUCAGGAGAACCACAUUAGCGACCCCAUGCUUGCCAGCCUACAGGCGCAAUCACAGGCUCCUCAGCAGCAGUCAUUGUAUAACGCCGCCAGCAACGGCGACCUCUCAAACGGAAGCAUGGACCCGCCCAUGCACCAACACAAGUCCUCGAACAACAGCUACUUGAGCGUAGCAAACGGCCAGGGACACGGUCACCACGCAAGCACCAGCAGCCUCAGCGUACCCCGCGCCUCGCACUCGCGAGCGGUCAGCUUACCCUCCUUCUCCCAGGAGCCUUUUGGUCCCGUCUCUAGUGCUCCCAGCCACGCGCGCGCCGGUGCGGCGCACCAGCCCCAAAGCAGCUUCUCCAGCUUCUCUGGUCUGGGUGGCUUGAACCACUCUGGAUUUGGGUUGGCUAUUCAAAACGAAAACUCCCUGCCCGGUUGGGCUGAAGAGGAGAUUGGAGCCAAAUAA